ACGGCUUCAGCCUCCAGCUCCUCCUCAGCCUCUUCCCUUCUGCCUCUCCACUCUUCGCUAACUCAGGGAACAGAGAAGAAACUUCAUCCAAAUUGCCCGCCAGGCAAAGGGCUGCCCGGGGGGGUCACCUUAGCCCUUUGCUUUCCCUCCUCCCUGUGAAUGGUCCUUCCAGCCUUUGCACCAUGAAGCUAUUCUAUCUGUUCCUGCCUUUCCUGCUACAGAGCUGCUUUUUCUUGAGAAGGGUCCUCGCCCAACAGACUGAAAUCUCCAGGAACUCUUUCCAAGAUUGCCCCGUGGAUUUGUUUUUUGUCCUGGAUACCUCUGAAAGUGUUGCCUUAAGGGAAAAGCCAUUUGGAGCAUUGGUCGACAAGAUCACAGACUUCACCAACCUUUUCAUUGAUAGAUUAACUGAGAGAUAUUAUCGGUGUGACCGAAAUCUGGUGUGGAACGCUGGUGCCCUGCAUUACAGUGAUGUGGUUGAGGUGAUCAAAGGACUCACUCGUUUGCCUGAUGGGCGGGAGGACCUGAAGAAACGAGUGUCUUCUGUGAUUUCUAUUGGGAAAGGGACCUACACGGACUGUGCCAUCAAGAGAGGAAUUGAAGAGCUCCUUAUUGGGGGAUCACAUCAGAAGGAAAAUAAAUAUCUGGUUGUGGUGACAGACGGACAUCCAUGGGAUGGCUACAAAGAGCCCUGUGGAGGACUGGAAGAUGCUGUCAAUGAAGCCAAACACCUGGGGAUCAAAGUGUUCUCUAUUGCCAUCUCUCCAAAUCAUCUGGAAUCCAGGCUGAGUAUCAUCGCCACAGACCACACUUUCCGGCGGAACUUUACAGCUACCGCACCUCAGCGUGAUCUUGAGAAAACAAUCGACACCAUCACUGAUAUGAUCACGGAGAACGUGGAGCACCAGUGCUGUUCCUUUGAAUGCCAGCCUGCCCGAGGUCCCCCGGGACCCCUUGGAGAUGCAGGUUAUGAGGGAGAAAGAGGGAAGCCGGGUCUGCCUGGUGAAAAAGGAGACGCUGGAGACCCUGGGAAGCAAGGUGACCCCGGCCCUGUUGGUUACCAAGGGAUGAAGGGAGAAAAAGGAGGCCGAGGUGACAAGGGCUCCAGAGGUUCAAAAGGAUCCAAGGGGGAGAAGGGCAAGCGUGGGAUUGACGGCAUUGACGGCAGAAAGGGCGAGCCUGGAUUUCAUGGGUUACCUGGAUGUAAAGGAUCCCCUGGAUUUGAUGGCCUGCGAGGACCUCCUGGACCAAAAGGCGAUCCUGGUCCUUAUGGGCCCAAAGGAGGACCGGGAGAUCCCGGGCUUGACGGAAGAGCAGGUAGACCUGGGAAUACUGGAGUCCCUGGAGAAAAGGGUCAGCCGGGGAGCUCUGGAGGUGCUGGAGAGAAAGGAGAAUCGGGAGAUGAGGGCAACCCUGGUCCAGAUGGCCCUGUUGGAGAGAGGGGAGCCAAUGGGGAAAGGGGGCCACAAGGUAUCCCUGGCGUCCGUGGACCGAGAGGGGAAAAGGGUGAACCAGGACCACAGGGUGACCAAGGCCGUGAGGGACCAUUUGGACCACCUGGAGAGCCAGGUGAGGCUGGCCCAGCUGGACCUAAGGGGUACAGAGGAGACGAAGGGUCUCCCGGACCAGAGGGCCUCAAAGGACCUCUUGGGCCACCUGGAUUACCUGGAGAUGCUGGCUUAAUGGGCGAAAGGGGAGAAGAUGGUGCCCCGGGCAAUGGCACAGAUGGAUUCCCUGGCUUCCCGGGCUAUCCUGGCAACAGAGGUGAUUCAGGAGUGAAUGGCACCAAAGGCUAUCCUGGUCCCAAAGGUGACGAUGGAGAGAUCGGAGACCCAGGAGACGAAGAUGGCACAAGUACUGUCCAAGGCCAGAAAGGAUCAAAGGGAUACAGAGGUCCAGAAGGCCCCCCAGGACCACCAGGACCUGCUGGCCCUCCAGGACCAGAUGAAUGUGAAAUUUUAGAUAUCAUCAUGAAAAUGUGUUCGUGCUGUGAAUGCAAGUGUGGCCCUGUGGAUGUCCUCUUUGUCCUGGACAGUUCUGAGAGUAUCGGCCUCCAAAACUUCCAGAUUGCGAAGGAUUUCAUCAUAAAAGUCAUUGACAGGCUGAGCAGCGACGAACACGUGAGGUUUGACCCCGGCGAGUCACGUGUUGGUGUCGUACAGUACAGCCAUGACAAGACUCAGGAGCUGGUGGCCAUGGGAGAUGCCAACAUCAACAAUGUUGGACAAUUGAAGGAGGCUGUGAAGAACUUGCACUGGAUCGCUGGGGGCACCUAUACAGGGGAGGCCCUGGAGUUCACCAAGGACCAAUUGCUGCGACGGUUUUCCUCUGACAACCGAGUGGCCAUCGUUAUCACAGACGGACGAUCUGACACCCUUCGAGACCCAGUCCCACUGAACGCUCUCUGUGAAGCCAAUACCCAGGUGUACCCCUUGGGUAUUGGUGAUAUCUUCCACGCUCCUCCAAACCCUGAGCAAUUAUCAAGUAUUGCCUGUUCGGGCAUAUCUAUUCUGCGAGAAAACUACGCGGAGCUUCUGGAUGACAGUUUCAUGCACAACAUUACCUCUUAUAUCUGCAAAGACAAGAAAUGCCCAGACUACACUUGCCCAAUCUCCUUUGAUGGUCCAGCUGAUAUUACGCUCCUGGUGGAUAGUUCUACAAGUGUUGGGAGUCGCAAUUUCAAUACCACCAAGAAAUUUGUGAAGCGCCUGGCCGAGCGGUUCCUGUCAGCAGCCAAGCCUUCCGAGGACACUGUGCGUAUUUCAGUUGUCCAGUACAGUGGCAAAGCUCAGCAGAAAAUGGAGGCACGCUUUGAGCAGAACUACACUGUGAUUGCUGAGGCCAUCGACAACAUGCAGUUCAUGAACGACGCCACAGACGUGAAUGCUGCUCUCAGCUACGUCACCAACCUGUACCGGCCGCCUCCUCGUCAAGGGGCAAAGAACAGAGUAUUGAUUUUCUCUGAUGGCAACUCUCAAGGCAUCACUGCAAGUGCCAUCGAGAGAGCAGUUCAAGAAGCUCGGCAGCAAGGCCUCGAGAUCUAUGUCCUGGCUGUUGGCACGCAAGUCAACGAGUCCAAUUUACGCGUCCUCGUGACUGGGAAAACCACUGAGUAUGACGUGGCCUAUGGGGAGAGCCACCUUUUCCGAGUGCCUGAUUACAACUCUCUGCUGAGGGGAGUCUUCUAUCAAACUGUUUCCAGGAGAAUAGCUGUAAAAUGAAUCGGUGGAACAUAAAAGGAGCAGGAUAUAUAGAGUCUACGUUAAAAAAGUAAUUAAAAAGUUAGCACUCAACAGAUCCCAUGUUUUUUAUAAAAAGCCCGCUCAUGUCCCUGCUUUUGAGCUACGUCAUGCUCCUAGCUGUCCAUUUCUCUUUUCCCAAGAAUGUUUGUAAUCUACAAGGGGCAAAAUGCAGGUUUGCUCAUUCUUACACAAUAUUUUCAACUGGGGGAAACUUGGUUGAUACAACUUUAGAAUCUUAAAAUGCACUACCGUUAUUCCUACGAUCAAGAGCACGUUCUACUUGCAUUAUUAGGAUCCUCUUUCCAGAAUAAAACGAUCCUUUAUCUUGCUGACACAUUUUUUUUUUAGAGUUUGCUAUUAUUUUAUUUUCAUAAUAAGAAAAAGUGUUGCCUUGGCUACCCAGCUCCAGAAAAUUCGCUUGACCCUUUAAGGACAAGGAGAAAAUUCCUGGAAGACCGGCUGUUCUUCAGAGCAAGGGCGGCGAUGACUAAAAUCGUAACCUUGCGUAAACCCUCCAGUUCAAAACAAGUUAUAUUAAAAGAAUUUAACUCGACAACAUUGAUACAAAUAACAGUCUAGUUAUUGGUUGCUUAGUCUCUUCUUACGUGUGUGAUGUCCCGUCGAGUUGCAGCUGACUUAACGGGAACCCAGAGAGCUUUGGAAGGCAAGAGACUAACAGAGGUGGUUCGCCAUUGACUUCCUCUGCAUCACGCCCCUGUUAUUUCUUAGAGGUCUCCUAUCCACGUACUAACAAGAGCUUAGCUUAUGAGAUCUGAUGAGAACAGGUUAGCAUGGUCCGUUCAGGGCAGGGCAGUCUCUUAUAUCCAGUAAAUCAGAGGCCCUGAUAAGCGAUCUUGCAGUUAGCAUUAUUAUCAGAAUUGCUUGAGAUAAAAUCUUAAGGAAGCCAGGGACCGGCUUCCAAGAGCCACAUCCUGUCCAAUGUGAGCGUCCAGGUUGGUGCUAACCCUCCUUCCCUAAAGCCUGAGGUUUACAUAAUAAGUUUGCACAGUCGUUCCUGGGGGUGGGGGGGACAUGUCAGAAUUGGGGAACAGUUUGGACCAUUACAUCUCUCGUUUCCAGUGGUGCUCUUGCUAUGAAAUCAGUGGACGCAAUUUUCAGUAUGGUGGCUUUUACUGUUUUGUAAUCAAGAUCCAUUUUACCACUUUGUCUUAUUUUCUGCCUGUUUUUUUUACUGUCCGAUGUUCACAUUCAGGUUAUGUUCAAAUAAAUUGUUUUCCAC